AUGGUAACCGGACUAGCACCACUAGGGGAGGAUCCAUACACGAAGCUUGACGAAGGAAGAUUAGAAGAGGAUUGGAGCCCGAGCCCGGAGGACUUGCGUCACCUGGAGUGGAGAGUGAAGAACGAGGAGAAGAAGAGUGAGGCUUUGAGAGUACGAGAUCCGUGA